CCAAACUUCCACAGGAGAGUGUCGAACCCGUAACCCUGAAAAUCCUCUGCGUUGAUCCGUUCGAGACUAGAGGGUAUGGAGAAAAUUCCGGCAGCUUGCGCCAUGGAUUGGAGCAUUCAGCUUGAGAAGAGCCUUCGCUCUUCAAAACCAGGUAAAUCUAUUGAAGCCCUGGAAGAGACAGGGAGGCGGCUCGAGUGGUGGAUGAGGGAGCCAGAGUUGGCGUUUGCGCAAUGCGCAAUGUUUGGUUUAAUACCUGGCGAGGAUAAGCUGUUCCUUAAUGCUAUGCUUCUACGCCUGGCGGAUGCAUUUAGGCUUGGUGACAAAAGGAUUAAGUAUGCCGUCGUCCAUGUUUUCCUGAGGAUGAAAAGAAGGAAUAGAAGCGAUGGGAAAGGAAUUUUGAGCUUGGAGAAAUUGGAUAAUCACUUGGAAUUGUUGAGGAGAGUGAAGGAAGUUUUUGAUAAAGGGGAUGUUGAAGAAAAAGCAUUGGCUUUGGCUCUGUUUGGUUGCUGUGCUUAUAUUGCCAAGGAUUGUGUCGAUGUUAGAUACAUUGUGCUGUCGAGUUUGGUGUCGGAGGAUGAUCUUUCUGUGAAGGCUGCUUUGUUCACGGCAGGAUGCUUUUGUGAAUUGUCAGAUGAUUUUGCAGAUGUUUUCUUGGAGAUGCUUUCUACAGUGGUUUUGUCACGGGAGAUAUCAAGUGCUGUAAAGUUAGCCGGAGCCCGUACAUUAUCCAAAAGUUGGUGCUCAUUUUCACUUGCAGAUAAGGCAUAUAAGACAGGUUUACGGCUACUGAUGGACUCAUCAGAAGAUGACUUCUCAGGAGUGAUGCUAAUUUCACUUUCAAGAAUCACUUCUAGGUGGAUGCUUCUCAUUCCUAUUCAGAUUGAAUUGCUUGCGUUGUUUCUAAGCGAAGAGAAAUCUUUGCACGUGCAAAUUGUUUCGUUAAGAUGCUUCCGAUUCUUAUUAGCGCAAGGAGCUUGUAAAUUUCCAUCGAAGACAGACACCCUUCAAAAAUUAUUUGGCAUACUACAGAGAUCUGAACUUCAUCCAACACUGCAGCUUGAAGCUUUGAAAACUUUGCAUAAGAUUCUAUUGUUUCAGUUAUCCAUAAUUCCUUGUGAGGAGAUUCAUGAAGUUUUUCUCAAGCUGUACGGAUUGAUUAAGCCUAUACAGCUAUUGUCCAUUGCAUCAACGACACUUUUAUAUGGUAAAAUUCUGGCUGAUCUCUCUGCUAAGGUGUUGAGAAGAGGAGACAUUGUAUCUAGUGGAAAUGACUCCACCCUGGCAGUCCAGCUGAUCUCUUUUAUCUUAGACGAUAUCAUUUCGCUUUUGACACCCAAAGUUGAUAUUCAUCACCCCGAGUCUGCUUCAGAGCUUGUGUUUAAAAGCAUGAUCGACGUUUUGAAAAAACUGAUUCAACGGUAUCCGCACCUUCAUUGCCUUGUGCUGAGUAGUAUGUGUCUAUGUUUUGAUAAACUAAUGGGGAUGCUCAAUAGAGCUACGGAGACAGAAAAAUUUGGCAUGUCAGAUUAUGAGAUGACCGAAUUUGAUAGCAAUCUUGAGACAUUGCUAAAACCAAAACUCUUACUCUCUGUGGCAAAUAUUCUGUUUGCUUGUUUACAAAACCUUGAAGAAACAGAUGCUGAAACCAACACCAAUCUGGACUUACUGAAAGUUCAAGCUGAAAGUCUUUCCCAUCACGGCUAUGUCGAUAUUUACACCAGAAUAAGCUACUUUUGUCUGUUGCAUUUGCAUUCAACAUUUAUAUGCAUGCGUCAUAUGGUGGAGGAGUUGAUAUCUCCGAGUAGAGAAAUGGGUGCUUCCAGUGUUGGUCCUGUUCCUCAUUUCGAUGUAUUUUCUCUGGAUUGUGCAAUGGAGAUUUUAGGAAGAAAAAGAUACUGGUCUGCUUACAAGGUUGGAAGAAAUGCUGCCUGUCAGGGUGCAUGGUCCACAGCUGCUUUCAUGUUUGAACAGCUUGUACCAUUAGUUAAGUCUUCUUCAUCUGCCUGCUGGUUAAAAUCCUUGGCUCAGUUCACCACCUCCGAAAGGGAUAUUCAGUUAUUUCUCUUGCCUAACCCUUCUAAAGUAACUGUAGGCGAAAGGCGAGGAAUUACAUCAGCGGCUAAUUGUGGCACCUAUAUGGAAUAUCUUCUCAGAGCUUGGAAUACAGUUGUCUCUGCAGAAAAGAAUCUGGCAGCAUCUGAUUCGGGUGGCGUAUUCAGUUUCCAGAGAUGGUUUUUGGCCCUUAGAGCCAAGUUUCUGAAAACGACUGCUGAUAUGAUGAAGCUGCUGGACACAGCUUCAUUCCUUAGGGCUGGCACCAAGCAUGGCGGGGAACUACACAGAGGAAAUAUGCUCAGGUGUUCGACUCCUUCUACACUUGGCUCCUUAAUGCACUCUUCUUUAGAGAUAUCGUCUCGGAUGAAAAGAGCUGCCCGAGAGCUUGAUCUACUCUUGAUCUCUUUCGUGGGCAUUGAUCGACAAAGUAUGACAACUAUUUCAGCACUUGCAUUGAGCUGCUCACUCAUGGCCUUUACUGCUGGUUUUUCCUUUCUUCUCCCAUGUGGAUAUUCUUCGGAAAAUUAUAGAGUUUCUAAGUCGGAACAGUUAGAUGAGCCUUUCUGUGCCUUGCUUAUAGAAGAUUUAAUGUGGCGAUUAAGGCGUGAAGACACUGAAACUAGGGAAAAGCUCAUGAUUCUGCUGGAGCCCUUUAUCAACUCCAAGGACUGUUUCUCAAGGUCCCAUACUCGAAUUUCGCCCGACGGGAUAAUCUUGCAAAAGCUUUGUCAAUUUUCUGUUGGGGAGGUUUUCAGAUUGCAAAGCGAGGCAACCAAUGUGCAGCCGGAUGAUGCAGCAUCUCUGAUCCUAUGUAACGGGUCGCAGUUGCUGGUGAACUUUAUCUCUAAAUUAUUGCUGGUUCCUAUGCAAACUCCUCGUACCUUCUUUAUAGUAAGGCCUGCUGUUUCAUCCGAGCUUUUUGUGAUGAACGAAGACAAUCAAGUUGUGGACCGAUCGUCAACUCUGUCCGGAUCACAUUUCUCUCUGAGCUUAUGCCUUCAGUUGAAAAACAUGCCUGCUGAUCUGCCACAUCGGCUAAGCAAAAUCUACUGCAUUAUUAGCUGUAAAGCGCAGCCUCAGGCGACGACCGCAACUGGAGAGCCUGGAGAAAAAUCCCAACCGGAUCAGGACAUUGAUGAUAUGAUGGAGUUGAAUGAAAAACUUUUAACAUAUAUAGUGGGAUCUUUGAAGACCAAUGAACUGCACUCCAGGGAUGAAGAUGAUGGUGUGAUGGUAAAUGAAUAUGUCUGUUUCGACAUAAACGAACGAGGUCAGGGAUUCUCUACUUGCUUUCUAGAUGUUUCCUCUCUACCCAGUGGCUGUCACAGUGUCAAAUGGCAUUGUGGUGGUAUGGAUAGAAGAGGUUCUUACUGGAGCUUACUUCCCAUGGCUGCUGGGCCACUGUUCACUGUUUCUAAUGCAGCAACUCUUCGAUGAUAUAAUUAUUAAGGAGGA